UUUUUUAAGGCAAUGGAUUUAGUCAUUUAUUGGAAUUAUUCUUACCAAAUUCUUCAGAUUAUUUGUUAUGUCAUUGUAAUCUUUUGUGGGGUUAAAAUGGUUCGCUUUGUGCAUAUUCAUUCAAGUUUAACACAAAAAAUGAAAGAAUUGAAUAAACAAUUAAUUAAAACACUUAUAAUUUUGGUAAUAUUUUAA